AUGGCUCAUCCCGCCAUCCCACUAGCAUUUCACAAAUACAAGGAAGUAACAUGCUACACAUGCCGCUUCACCCAAGAUCUACGUGACCGUCCCGACAUAACACCCGACACACGUCCCCCGCCUGGCGCCCUCUCAGGCCCGGCGCCGCCUCCGCAGGCUUAUUAUCCGCCGCAGGGCACCCAGCCGCCGCAGGGGUAUGGGUAUAAGUGA